UGGACUCCUUUUGGUGGUUUGAAUAUGUACAUUAGUCUGUCUGUCUACCGAGGUGACGGCACAGUUGUCAUUACUCACGGAGGAAUCGAAAUGGGCCAAGGUAUAAAUACCAAGGCUGUACAGGUAGCAGCUUAUUUACUAAACAUUCCUGUGGAAAAGAUUAAAAUUAAAGAGAAUAAUACAAUGAUUGGCCCUAACUGCAACUACUCGGGCGGUAGUAUUCUGAAUCAGAAUAUUAUAGUUGGUGUGAGACGAGCUUGUGAGGAACUCUUAGCAAGACUUCAACCUGUAAGAGAUCAGAUGGAUAAUCCUACUUGGAAAGAACUGAUAACUGAGGCGUAUAAUAAUAACGUGGAUUUACAAACUACUGGUUUUACGAAGGUGACGGAACAAUACACUCAUACUGCUUAUGGCGUUACUCUCGCUGAAGUAGAAAUUGAUGUGUUAACUGGAGAAAUGGAAGUUUUGAGGGUUGACCUUUGUGAAGAUGUAGGUUUGAGUAUCAGUCCAGAGAUUGAUGUAGGCCAGGUAGAAGGAGCAUUUAUUAUGGGUAUGGGUUAUUGGACGUGCGAGAAUCUAGUCUACUCAAAAACUGGAGAACUCCUCACUGAUAGAACAUGGAACUACAACGUGCCGCUAGCCAGGGAUAUUCCGCAAGAUUGGAGGGUCUAUUUCAGGAAGAAUUCCUACUCUGAGGAUCUCCUUUUUGGAUCAAAGUGUAAGCAGUAUAAAUUAUAUGAUUUCCCGGUGUUUGAAAUUAUCUGAGUGGGUUUGUAUAUAUGUAUGUUUAAUAUGUUUGUUACCUCUUCAC